AUGUCUGAACAAACAGUCCACAAGAUCAAUCCUCAGGAGCUGGAGACUUUCGUCCGGAAAAUUCUCAUCGGGAACAAUGUACCCGAGGAAAACGCCUCCAUCGUCGCCAGAUGUCUUGUCCAAGCUGAUCUCCGCGGCGUGGAUACCCACGGCUCCAACCGCAUUCCAUCAUACAUGCAACGAAUCCGACAACAAGUGCUCGACCCCUCGGCAUCUCCCGAAUUGAAACAAGUCACGCCCAUCGUGGCCCAGGUGGACGGCAAAAACACCUUUGGCUUUGUCGCUGCGCAUCUAGGUAUGCAGCGAGCCAUCGAGAUGGCCCAGGAAUUCGGCGUUGGGUUUGUCUCCGUCAAGCACUCGAACCACUUUGGCAUGUCGGCGUGGCUGGUCCAGCAGGCGAUUGACGCUGGGAUGCUCUCAUUAGUUUUCACCAAUUCCUCGCCGGCCCUUCCUGUGUGGGGGGGGAAGGACAAGCUCAUGGGCGUGUCGCCGAUUGCUUGCGGUGCCCCUGCCGGCAAGGAGAGACCCUUCAUUCUUGACAUGGCCCCGUCGAUCGCGGCAAGAGGAAAGAUCUAUAAGGCGCUCCGACGCGGCGAAAAGAUCCCGACGGAUUGGGCGCUAGACGGCGAGGGCAAUAUGACUGAUGAUCCUGCCAGAGCUCUGGAGGGUGUUAUGCUUCCCAUGGGAGGACCCAAGGGGUCUGCGCUGUCGAUCAUGAUGGACGUCUUUUCCGGUGUUCUGUCCGGCUCUGCCUUUGCCGGCCACGUAACGAAUCCAUACGAUCCAUCGAAGCCUGCAGAUGUGGGCCACUUCUUGAUGGCUAUCAAGCCAGACCUGUUUAUGAGCCUCGAGGACUUCAAGUCCCGCAUGGACUAUCUGUAUCAGCGUGUGGUUGGGUCGGAGAAGAUGGCUGGGGUUGAGCGCAUCUACUACCCGGGAGAGAUUGAGCAGAUCACGAACGAAAUGCGAUUAGAGAACGGGAUUCCGUUUACAGAGGCUGAGAUAGUGAAUUUGAAUCGGGAAGCCGAGAUGGUAGGUGUAGAGCAGUUGAAGGUGGAUUAG